AUGGCUUCCAAUGGAUCUCCAAUUGAAGAAUAUGGUUAUAAUGAAGUGAAAAAAAGAAAAUGGGGAAAAGAAAAGGGGAGACCACGACAUAAAUUUACUAAGGAUGAAUUGCAUAUACUUAAUCUGGCAUUUGAAGAAAAUCCAUAUCCUGAUUUUACCACUAGAAAAGAAUUGGCUGAACAACUCCACUGUCAAGUGUAUGUAAUUGAUAACUGGUAUCAGAACAAAAGAGCCCGACUACCACCUAGAGAGAGACACAUAAUAUUUGCUGCUAGGAAACGACAUGAGUUCCCUGUCCAGCAUCAUUUGCUUUUAAGCCUCCAAGAUGCCCCAGCAGAAUCUCCCCUACUCGGUAAAGUUGGCUGUUCUCCAGAGACAUGGAGGGUUCCCAGUCAACAGGAUGGCUCAGCUGACACUGAUUCCAGACAUUAAAAAGGAACCAAGCUGUGCUUUGGAGUACCAAGGUGACAUGGGAAGUAGACUUUGUCCUGCCUAUUCAUUUUACAGCUACAGAUCAGUGUUCUUUCUUCAUCCUCCUAUCUUUUCUGUGCAAUGUUUUUAGAGGGACAGACCUGAGCAAGCAGAAAGCCAGAAAACAAGGCCCUUGUUCUGCACUGUUAAUAGUGUGCAGGGAAGAGGGAGCAGGAGCAGAUGCCCCUUGUCAUUACUCACUAUUUCAAGGACAGCAGUGAAAUAGUUGCUGAUUCCUCUAGAGCAGCUCAACAUUUGCAGCAUAAUUAAGAGAGACUGUGCUUCCAGAAUCACCUUCUAUUACACCUGAAUUACAGUGAUUGAGGGCAGCAGGCACGCAUCCUCUCUCAGUCACAGCAGCAGGAUGAGUAUUUGUCAAGCUAGUAGUGGUCAGGUUUCUGUCAGUGCCUCUUGGGAAAGAUACACAGAGAGCUGCAGUGACCUAAAUCCCAAAUGCAGCAGCUUUGGGGUGAGGGAUCUGCAGAGGUCUGCUUCUGGGACCAAGAAAGUGGCUCCAUUAUAUUGGUUCUAAGCUUCAGAAAGAACAGCCAUAGUUUAUCCAGUCAUCCAUACAGCAGUCCAAGACAAAGGCCUUUCAGAGCCAGUGCAUAAGUACUAACUUCAGGAAAGCUCCAUGAGCUGUUGAUCUCUUCUUGUAGGCAGCAGUGUCCACCAGCAUUAUAGCCCCUGAAUGUGCAAUUCAUUGUGGAAAAAGCUGGGUAAGACUAUGGAGCCCAAAACCAACGAAUACAAAGGCAGCAAGAUGACCAUCAAGCAACAGCAGCUACCAAAUCUGAAGCCAGUUGUGCUUCAAAAGAAAGGUUCUUGUACAGUACCUGCCCCAGAUACUAUCUUCCUUUCAAAGCAAGAUACCCAGCAAGAAGUACAAGACUAUGAAGGACCCUAGUACAGCAACCUUUGGAUGAGGCCUCCAAGGCUGUCACUGCAGAGCUGUCUACUUGGGAACCAUGGCAGUAGCCGUAUGUCCUGCAGCUAGCCCCACCAAAGCCGUGACUGUGGAGGACACCCCAACAUCAGCCUGGGCUCUGUACAGCUCAAAGGCAGCCCAUUCACUGAAGCCACCCUUUCCCUUUUAAGGCAAGAACUCCCGAUGGAGCUGCAGGCCCAGCUGUUGCACUCCAAAGAGCCCCUGGGAGAGGAGCCCAUGUACAGCCCUCACCAACCCCCUGAGAUGAGAGCCGCUUCCUGGGGGAAUCCAGAGUGCUGUGACCCAGUCACCUGUGGAUGUGGAGCAACAAGAUGUCACAAGAUCUGAGAGGACCCAGUUGAGCAUAUCUGAAUGCCAUGGUGUUAACCUGGUUUCUGAGGGAAAGCCUGGUAUCUGUGAACCAACUCUGAAAUGGUUUUCAUAACUUUGAGCCUUAGGAUCUAGAAUCAUGUCUCAAGUGUUUCAGAGUUUUCUGUCAGUUGGAGCAGGUCCUGCCAGGGCUGUCAUAUACAUCUGGGCAGGUGGUGGUGUCCACACCAUACUGGGCGGCCCACUCACACAACAGUAUCUAAGAGGAGAAUCAUUUCUUCCCAAAUAUCAGAGUUGCCUCCAAGUGAGAUUUAUGUUAAAGCGUACCAGUGGUAGAGUGAUCUUUGUUAUUUCUUUCCAUUUUUUUCUUGAAAAUAUUUAAUAACAAAACAAUAUAUUCUGGUUACGAUCAUUCAAGUAAUACAGUAUUUCAAGUUGUAAAGGAAAAGCUAAGGCUCUUAUUCUUGCACUCCAAGUUCAUAUUCCUGAAGUAACAAUUGUGAAGAGUUUAAUAUGGUUUGUCCUACACUGUGUAACGUUUUGCAUAUUUAUUUCAUAUAUUUUUAACUCAAAUUGUGUCAUGCUAAUUUUCAUAAUAAAACACGUCUUGUACAUCUUUUUCCCAAGGUAAUAUAGCAGAUAGAUCUACUUCACUUUGUAAAAUAUCUCCCAUCUGUUACUAUAAUAAGAUUGAGAGUAGGUAAGGAAAUAGCAACUCUUAUGCACAUCCAAUGGUGUGAUUUGCAUAAUUUAGAUAACCACUAGGAAUAGUUAUUGAAAUUGCAAAUGCCCAGCAAUUCUACUAGAUGUGCUUAUAGAUCAGAGAAACUCUUGCAUGUGCUUAUAGAUCAGAGCUCCAAAUAAGACAUAUAAAAUAGUAAGCUGGCAGAGUGAAAAAUAAUAGACUAGAUCUGUGUAAUUGAAAGAGUGCUGGGAUACAAUGUUCAGUGAAAAUCAAGUUGCCUAAUUCGAAUUAUAGCAUGAUAAUUAUGAAUAUAAAGCAUAAAGCAGCAAAUAUUGAUUAUUCUCAGAUUCUCAUAAAUACAUUCCUAGCAAAGAUAUAAAAACAUAGAAUGUGUUUAUAUUCACUGAAUUAUUGAGAGUUGCAGUUGGGCAAGGAGGAAAAUGAAAGAAUACAUUUUAUAUGUCAUGAAACAUAGCUUAUAAAUAUGAAUAAAUCUGCCGUCUCUUUCACUGGAUUUCAUAUGUAUGCAAUUACAUCUUCCACUAGUGCGUUUUUGUUUCUAUACGAUCCUUAUUCACUUAUUUUUCUUAACUUUAUUGCAUUGGCCAAAGCUGCAGUCCUAAUAUACUGAAUCAGAAUAGUAAGAGGUGACAUCACUGUCCAUGUUUCCCAGUUUCACAUUCAGCAUGGUAUUUGUUAUACUGUAUAUUAUCAGUUUCUGUAAGAGGUGGCCAUUUAUUCCCAAUUUAUUGUUUCCUUCCCUUGUACAGAUUUUGAAGUUUUUAAAUGCUUUUCCAAUGAUUGCCAUAAUAAGAUGUUUUUUCCUCUUGUAACCUGUUCACAUGGUGAUUUAACUAGAUUUUUCUUAUAUUAAAGAAUGCUCUUGGAAUUAUUCAACUAGGUCAUGAUAUAUCCAUUAUGUAUUUCUGGGUUAGGUUGCUAAUACUUUGAUUAAAAUCAUGAUAUCUAUGUUCGUUAAUGAGAUGACCUUUAAUAAUUUUCUUUGCUGUCACUACCUUUAGGGGUUUGGGUCACUUUAAAUUAGCC